AUUAUGUCAGUGUUAUUAUAAACUUUGUGAAAAAAGAUAGAUAAAGAGAAGGGGAAAAAAAAAAUACAAACAAAAGAUGCAGGUUGUUUGCAUAUUUGAGAUAAUGUAAGAAGAAUUUGAAGAUCAGACAAUGACUAAUCGGAAUACGGAAGCUCCUCAGGGGGAAGGUGGUAAUAAUGCUGUAGCUGCUGCACCACCUCCGCCUUCACCUUCACCGCAGGGGUCCAAUGAUAGUCUGAUUUCUCGCGGUAAUAGCAAGGUUUACAAAAGUGGUCCUCUUUUUCUAUCAUCAAAAGGAAUUGGAUGGACAUCAUGGAAGAAGAGAUGGUUUAUCUUAACGCGUACAUCGUUGGUCUUCUACAGAAGUGAUCCUAAUGCAGUUCCUCAAAAGGGGGCUGAAGUGAAUCUGACCCUUGGUGGUAUAGAUCUCAACAGUUCAGGCAGUGUGGUUGUCAAAGAGGAUAAAAAACUCUUGACGGUUCUAUUUCCUGAUGGUCGAGAUGGACGAGAUGGACGAGCUUUUACUCUAAAGGCAGAGACAUUAGAGGAUCUCUUUGAGUGGAAGGCUGCGCUUGAAGAAGCUUUGGCAAAUGCUCCAAAUGCUGCUCUUGUUAUGGGACAAAAUGGUAUAUUCAGGAAUGAUCAGGGCAAUAUUGCUGAUGCUUCUUCAGAACAAGCGAAGGAUAGACAACCAGUCAAAUCUUUGGUCAUUGGGCGACCAAUUUUACUUGCUUUGGAAGAUAUAGAUGGAACUCCAUCUUUCUUGGAGAAAGCCUUGAGGUUUCUGGAGGAUCAUGGAGUUAGAGUUGAAGGCAUUUUACGACAAGCUGCAGAUGUUGAUGAUGUUGAACGCCGAAUUCGCGAAUAUGAACAUGGGAAAAGUGAGUUUUCUUCAGAGGAAGAUGCACAUGUUAUAGCAGACUGUGUCAAGUACAUUCUCCGGGAGCUACCAUCUUCUCCAGUUCCUGCAUCUUGCUGUAAUGCCCUGUUAGAAGCGUAUCGAACUGAGCGCAGCAUGAGAGUCACUGCAAUGCGCACAGCCAUAUGUGAGACAUUCCCGGAGCCAAAUCGGCGCUUAUUGCAAAGAAUUCUUAUGAUGAUGCAGACUGUGGCUUCUCACAAGGCUGAGAACCGAAUGAGCAUUUCAGCUGUGGCAGCAUGCAUGGCACCUUUGCUGCUGCGUCCCCUUUUGGCUGGUGAUUGUGAACUUGAACAUAACUUUGACAUGGGUGGUGAUGGUUCUGUUCUACUUCUGCAGGCUGCCGCUGCAGCAAACCAUGCUCAAGCCAUCGUUAUUAUUUUGCUUGAGGAGUACAAUAACUUAUUUGGGGAAGGUCCUGUAUCACCUGAACCAUACACAGAUUCAGAAGAGAGUGGAACUGAGACUGAUGAACUCACUGAUGAUGAUGAAACCUAUGAAGAUGAAGAUGAUUAUACGACAGAGGGCUCUGAUGCAGAUGCAGAUGAUGGUAGUGAUCAUGCAUCCGAUACAACAAGUACUGAGAUCGAUGGAACAGAAGAAAAUAAUAAAGAGUCAGAGUGUUCAAACUCAGGUUUCAAUAUUCCUGAAGUGGAAGAUGUUCAUGAGUUGAAUAAAACAUCACCAAGAUUGCCUAAAGCUUCAGGGUUUCAACAGGAAAGCAUCAAUGUUAGCCAGGAAAUUCCGGGGGGGAGUAAUGAUGAUUCUAAAGUUAAAGAUGAUGACCCUGAUGGUGGUCUAUUGGUAGCUGAUCCUGAUGAAACAUCCAAUGUUAACAAGUCGUCCUUGAGAUCUUCAAUAGGGCAAGCUCAGAGUGUCCGUCGGCCUGCUAAUUGGGGCCGUACUCCUGGAAGGAAGAACCUUUCUAUGGAAUCUAUUGAUCUUACGCUUGAAGAUGAGCCUGAAAUCCAGAGACUAGAGGCUGCCAAAGCUGAAUUGCAAAGUAGAAUUGCAGAAGAGGCUAAAGAGAAUGCACAUUUGCAAGCAAGUUUAGAAAAACGGAAGAAUGCUUUGCAUGAUCGUCGUCUUGCUCUUGAGAGAGAUGUGGCAAGAUUACAGGAGCAGUUGCUGAAGGAGAGGGAGUUGCGGACAGCACUCGAAGCUGGACUUAGAAUAUCUCAAAGACAGUUAGCUGUCUCAUCCACCAUUGAUGAAAAGAUGACGGCUGAGAUCCAGGAAAUUGCUCAAGCAGAGGCAGAUGUUAUCAGUUUGAAACAGAAGGCUGAUGAUCUUGGACUGCAAUUAAAUCAGCAACGUGAACAAAAUUCAAGGUUGCAGCUCGAUAUAGGCAAUCAACAACCAAGUUCAAAUAAUAAAGCAAAAUGGAAGGAUAGGCAGAAAAAGGUGGAAACUGCAUCUACUCCACGUAAUAAUGAAAAGUUAACAAGAAGUAAGCACGAUAAUCGCCCCGAUAAGGCAGAUAGUGACAAAGAUAAGAACGAAGAAUCUCCUUUUUACACCAAUGAAAGUUCACUUCAGAACCAGCAAACAGAUCAAGUCCUUUAUCAGGGCGCUGGUGGAAUUUUGGCAAAUACACCCCCUUCUGAACAAGGGGUGGCCAGGCCUGCUUCAACCAAUACUAGAAAGUCCAGUUCUAGAAGUGAGGGAACUAACUCUACCUCUUCUGCACUAUCAAAACUAACAACCCGACUCAACUUCUUAAAGGAACGACGCACUCAAAUUGCAAAUGAGAUCCAGAAUAUGGACAAAAGCCGGAGUUCUGGUCUGCCUGUCCAAAAUCCUGAGAGAGGUAAAGGAUCUGAAGCACGUCAGUCACUUCAGAAUACAGAGAAAUUGCAAGUUUCUGAAGGUCAAUCAUCAGAAAAAAAUGAAAUAUUGGAUAGCUACAACCAAGCACUUCCUAAUUUUGAUGGUCAAUCAGAUCAGGGAAAAAGACCAGAUGCCCAUCCAAACCUGGACAGAGGAAAAUCUGAAAGCUUCCCACCAGUUGACAAAGGCCGAUCAAAGGUCACUCCAAGGAUAAAUUCUAGAUGAUACGAAGUUCUUUCUUGAAUUUGCCACUCAGGUUCAUGUAUUCCGCUACAGGGACUACAUUGUGGAUACGUUGGGGGCUUUGAACUACCAAGUUGUGAUCAGAGACACUUAUACUCAGCCCCCAUGCUCUGAAAACUGCUGAUGGAAGCAGACACUCCCCAUACCCCUUAAUGUACAGGUUGGCCAUCUAUAAGAUGGGAAUCCAACUGUUUGAGAAGUUGAAUAAUAGCUGGUUUUUGCUUGUUUAGGUGCCCAAUGAAUUUCCAUUUCUGCAAAUGCAAUCCGUGAUUUUCCUCGCUAGCUGAAGCGUAAUGAACCUCCUGAUACUGUCCUAUUUUCAAGCUGUCAAUUGGAGCUUGAACUUUGGCUGGCAAUAACAAAACAGAAAGGAAAAGUUUUGAUUC